UUGCGACCAAUAAUUAUAAUGGUAAUGUUGCUGCAAUUGAAGGGACAACUGCCUUCGGCAGCAGCAGCAGCAGCAGCUGCAACACCAAUAACAACAACAAAUGCACCAGCAACGGCUACAAAAACAGGGCGAAAAACAUGGACAACAGAAAUAGAGUUGAUUUUCUUUCUUCUCCUGCUUAUGCUAACCAAUGGCAGCUGGGCCGCUAGCAUCAGUGGGAAUUUGAGUACAUCGCAGAGGAGUAGCAUCAGUCCGGCAACAAGUCACAAUGGUUUAGUAUUGAUCGGCUCCAGUAGUGCCACAGGCGGCAGCAGCAUCGUCAGUAGCAGUAAUCCAACCUCAACCAGUUCUAGCUCUAGCUCUGUGCCCUCAUUAUCGCUCACUUCAUCAUCGUCAAGCUCAACAUCUGCCUCCACAUCGGGCAGUUCAUCAUCAUCAUCAUCAUCAUCGUCGUCAUCAUCGUCUAGCUCCAAUAGCAACCGCAGCGGACGUCUAUCAACAGGAAGCACUGGCAGCAGUAAUAACAACAACAAUAACAACAAUCAAAAUCAUGAUCAAUUACCCGCACAACUCUCAUCGCGCAUUAUCCAUACACGCAACGGCGCCAUAUCGGGCAUAAUUGUCCAAUUAGAUGGUCGGCAUUUGGAUCCGGUUGAGGCAUAUCGAGGUAUACCCUAUGCCUCGCCGCCAGUUGGAAAUUUACGUUUCAUGCCACCCGUCUCGGCAGCCAUGUGGUCAGGUGUUAAAAAGGCGGACAGAUUCAGUCCAGUUUGUCCUCAACGUUUGCCGGACAUCUACAAUGAGACGGCAGCUUUGGAACGGAUGCCCAAGGGCAGGCUGGAGUAUCUGAAGAGGCUCUUACCAUAUCUGCAAAAUCAAUCAGAGGAUUGUCUUUAUCUAAAUAUUUAUGUGCCCAUACAAGUGGGUUCUCGCGAUUCAACGGGCAGCUCCUCCUCAUCGUCGUCGUCGUCAUCCGGAUCUUCCUCGUCCUCUUCCUCAUCGUCCUCGUCGUCGUCAUCAUCAUCAUCAUCAUCGUCGUCAGCUGGCAGCAGCGGUCCUGCCAAGUAUCCUGUGCUUGUGUUCGUUCAUGGCGAAUCAUAUGAAUGGAACAGUGGCAAUCCCUAUGAUGGCUCGGUGCUGGCCAGCUAUGGACAAAUAUUGGUGGUAACCAUAAAUUAUCGCCUCGGAGUGCUGGGUUUUCUAAAUGCCAAUACAGAUCGGUAUUCCAAGCUGCCAGCCAACUAUGGUUUGAUGGACAUUAUAGCUGCUCUGCAUUGGCUAAAGGAGAACAUUGCUGCCUUUGGCGGUGAUCCAAAUAGCAUAACAUUGGCUGGCCAUGGAACGGGAGCAGCAUGUGUGCAUUUUCUGAUAUCAUCGAUGGCAGUGCCAGAAGGACUACUUUUCAAUCGCGCCAUACUAAUGUCCGGUUCGGGUUUGGCUCCUUGGUCGCUGGUUAGUAAUCCCGCCAAAUAUGCGGCCAUUGUGGCGCAUCAUGUGAACUGUGCCUCGGAUCUACCGCAUGCACAUCUCAUGAAAUGCCUGAGGGAAAAGCCAUUGGAGCAAUUGUUGAGUGUUCCCAUAAGGCCGCCAGAGUUUGGCUUUGCAUUUGGCCCCAGCAUUGAUGGAGUUGUCAUUGAUGGUGGUGAUUAUGUGCCACCAGCUCCGGGUUCUGCGGCAGCACAAGCUCAAGCUCAAGCCUCAACAGCUGCUGGCAAUGGAUUGGGCGGUGAGGCGGGCAUCGCAGCAGCCGGUGGUUGGGGUACACCUGGACAAUUAGAGAACAUUGUAUUAAUGAGAAAAACUGCCAUUAACAAGUUGUCAAGAUACGACCUGAUGGCCGGCGUGACACGUGCCGAAGCCUUUUUCAGCUUCAAUUCGGGCGACGUGCAAUAUGGCAUCGAGGCGGAUCGACGUUCGAGAAUUUUAAAGGCCUACGUUCGCAACACGUACACAUUUCAUUUGAACGAAAUAUUCGCAACGAUUGUCAAUGAGUAUACGGAUUGGGAGAGACCGGUGCAGCAUCCAAUUAAUAUCCGAGAUGAAACCCUAGAGGCCUUGAGCGAUGCCCAGGUUGUGGCACCAGCAGCCCAAACUGUUGAUUUGCACUCGGCAGAUCAUCGCAAUUCCUAUUUAUAUGUGUUUGACUAUCAGACACGUUUUGGUGAUUACCCGCAGCGUCAGGGCUGCAUUCAUGGCGAAGAUUUACCAUAUAUCUUUGGUGCACCACUUGUCGGUGGUUUCAAUCAUUUUACGCGCAACUAUACGAAAACCGAAAUCAGUCUAUCGGAAGUUGUGAUGUUCUACUGGUCCAACUUUGUGCGCACUGGCAAUCCAAAUGAACAAAUGGAAACAGAGCAUGGCAGUCGACAGGAGAGAAGUCGCUACAAGACCAUCGAAUGGACAGCCUAUGAGAGUGUACAUAAAAAGUACUUGAAUUUUGACACCAAGCCCAAAUUGAAGAAUCACUAUCGUGCCCACCGUUUGUCGUUUUGGCUGAAUCUUAUACCAGACUUACAUAAACCUGGUGGCGAUAAUGUGCCCGCUGCCCAUCAUCAGCUUAACGAUGAUGAUGAGGAGGAUAAUAAUAUACCCGGUGAUGCAUCGGUGAAGCCUUUAAAUCCACAAUACACUUCGAGGGCAGCCAAUGCAGCAGCCAUGGGAAAUUUUACCAUUUUCACCAAUCAAGUUUUCUCGCUGCUGAAUCUCAGUUCGCCCUCUUCGUCGUUGCAGCGUAAUGGUACCAGGUAUGGUGGAGGAAAGACCUAUCCAGAUGAUAUGAUGGAUGGUGAUCAUGCAGGAGGUGGAGCUGCUAGUGCUUCACAGGACAAUGAUGGUUUCGCUGCCUAUUCGACGGCAUUGAGUGUGACCAUUGCCAUUGGCUGUUCCCUGCUAAUAUUGAAUGUUCUCAUCUUUGCCGGCGUCUAUUAUCAACGAGAUAAGACACGACUCAGUGAGCCAAGAGCUCAGACCAAACUGAAGCGACAGGAAAACGGCCAAAUGCCAAAUAAUAUUUGUGGUGAUUUGGAGACUUUAACCAUUCAUGCCAAGAGUGAUCCGGCAACUAUAUUAUCGCAUCAUCAUGCCAUGCAGCAUCAUCAAUUGCCUCCUCCGGAGUUUGCCGAUAUACCGCAUCGUGCUCCACCGCCGCCCAAGCAUAUGAAAUCACUACAGGAUCCGGGUGGUGGUGGCGGCGGUGGUGUUGGUGGUGGUGUGCCAAGCCAAGGAGUUGGACAUGGUGGUGGCAUGAUGCCUCCACCUCAUGCCUUGCAAGUAUUGGGCAAUCAAUGCGGCACAUUGACCAAAAAGAGUUGCAUGAAACAGACCCAGGCCCAGCAACAUUCACCAGCGCAGCAGCAACAGCAACAACAGCAGCAGCAACAUGUGGUUAGCCAUCAGCAACAUAUGCAGAAUCAUCAUAAUCAAAGCAUGACAAGUGUGCUGACCACAGCCGGUGGAUUGGUAGUGCCAACACCACCCACAGUUCCAGUGAUUGUGGCUACUACCACACAGCAGCACUCUCAGCAUUCACAGCAGCAGCAAUCACAAGUUCAGCAGCAGCAGCAACAGCAAAUUCAGAGUCAGCAACAUCCGCUGAUGGAUGAGUUACGUGUGUGACAUUAAUUGACCGUGCGUUUUAAAUGUGAUCUCUAAGCGCACAGUUAAUCUUAAACAUUUCCAUCAUAAUUAUCAUCAUCAGCUGUUUCAGUCUCAGUCUCCUCUCGCCUCCAUGUGUGAGUAUAUACUUUGCUUUUGGGUAAGCCUUCACAAACUAUGCGUAUGAAGUUUUAUACUCUAUAAGUGUUGCAUAUUUAUUUUGUAAAUACAUCAUUUAGUUUAAGUUAGUUGCUAAGUUUUAAUCAGCAUGAAUGUGUUAAGUCGUUAUCCACUCAAACCAAAACAAAACAAAAAAAAGAAUUAGGCUUUUCCGAAUUUCCUUUCGCUCGAAUAAUUUCAAUCUUUAGGACCAACAACCACACUAUAGAAAAUUCUUUUAGUUAAGCUUUAAAUCUAUGAAAUUCUUGUUAUAGGUAUACUAUACAUAUAU